CCAUCAUAUUGGGCGUUGCCGAGUGAACUAUAAAAUCUUGACCAAACUUCCAGAAAGCCCCCGCACUCUUCACUGAAUCUUAAACUACAGUUUCUGCCUCUUUGCGACCUGCACCCACUUCUGCAGCCAUGACUGACUUAGAGAAUUGCAUGGAGUCUCUGAUUAAAAUAUUCCACUGCUAUGCCGAUGAAGACAAAGAUAAAACGACCUUAAGCAAGAAAGAACUGACCAAACUGAUAGAGAAAGAGUUACCCACCUUUCUGAAAACCCAGAAGAACCCCAAAGUUGUGGAUGAGAUCAAGAAAGAUUUGGACCAAAACGGAGAUGAUAAGGUGGACUUUCAAGAGUUUCUUUCCCUCGUCACCGGCCUCUCAAUAGCCUGUGAGAAGUGUUUCAUGCUCCUUGAACAGAAGAAGGGCAAGAAGUGUUGUUGAGUAAGAUCAUUUUGUAGCACACAUGGGUGCCAGAUUCUGAAGUAAAAACUGCCUUUGACAAUCUU